UCUCUACUUUUACCUUUGACGCAUUAGGACAUGACGGGGUUGUGAGGCUGUCGGUGGACGGUCAGUGUGAGAUGGGUGAUCUGACCCGCUGACUGCGGACAGCUUCCAGUGUCCAUAGAGUGCAGAGCAAUGGACAAGGAGCCUCAAGCGAAACCCGAGACUGCUAAGAGUGCAAGCAACAAUGCAACGACCACCACCACUACUACUACCACCAUCUCCUCCAUCACCACCACUACCACCUCUACGGUGACUCCUUCUCAGCAGGCCAAUGGCACUCCGAAAAGCACCCCAGCCCUUACAGCAGUCACCACCUUCCAUAAUCAGCCUCCCCCCACAGACAGGAAGGUUGUACAGGUCAAUCUGUUUGGAGACAGGCUGGCUCCGGCCUUCUCGGCUUCUGUUUCAUCAUCGCAACAGACUCAGAAAAUGGUCUCAGUGCCCACCAUGCCGGGGUCACCGCCACUGGUCAGAGCCAGCCAGAGCUCCACCGGCGCUGCCCGCAAGAUCUCUCCCCAGACUCUGCUCCUUGGGAAGAGCCCCUGCAGCCAGGACCAGAUGCUCCUGAGAGCUCAGAUGUUGAUUCUAACGUCUGCAGUGCGACCUGAUGCACCUGUCCUCUCCUCCUCCUCCUCCUCCUCCUCUUCUUCCUCCUCUCCCUCCUCCUCUUCACCCCGAUUCCCCUCUUCACAGCUCCAGAGCUUGACGCUCCGCCACCCUCCCCCUGGCACUCUGACCAUCCCCCCGAACCUCCCACUCAAGUCUGCUGCCCCGCGUCAGCCCCCGGCCCUUUCCCGCCCGAGGGCGCCCACUUUCACUCUGAGGCCCUGCCCAAUACCUUCUGGGAAAGAGGCAACAACCAAGGCUGAGGGCUCGACCCCACAGCCCCCCACACUGACACUCAAACCUCCGCCCGUACGCCAUCUUACGGUUCCACCUCCUUCCCUGUACGCCCCAGCCCAGUCCCAUGCCAUGGCCAAGCAGAGCCCAGCCAGCAGCGGCAGCCUGAAAAGACCCCACAGCCAGAUCAGCAUCCCCCAGCACCCGUUCCCCCAGAGGCACACUCACCCCACUUCCCCUCCGACUGCACCAAAGAAGCCUCUUCCCGAGCUGAAGCGCUGUCCGUCCACCCAGCCCUCCCAAAGUACGUCAGCACAGGCCUCUCCUGUGGCCAUCACGGUCCCCACUCCCAGCAGAUCCCACCUUACACCACCCACCAUGACCCUGCCCCUCAGCUCCUCUUCUCCAGGUGGCUCCUUGCUGGCCACCAAGCAGCUACUGAGGAUCGCACUGUCCUCCGCCUCUGCCCAGUGCACCACCAACGGCCAGUCAAAGGCAGCCACUGUGUCACCACCGCAUGAUCUCGUCCAGCCGAAGCCUCUCCUUUCUCCAGUACUGGCUAAGCCGGAGUGUCCUGUCCAGUCACCACAGACUUCAAACCUUCAGCUGGUGCAGCUGUCUCCUUCUAGACAGACCCCGGCCAACCCACUCAUCACCGCUGCACCACGGCUGGCCUCCCCCCAGAGAGCCUCCCCUCCCUCUCCUGUUCUCCCCCUUGUAUCCACCAGCAGCAACUCCUCAGCACCUCCACAAUCUUCCCUCACUUCCCAAAGCCCAACGUUCACAGUAGAUGCAUCGAAGGAGCAGAAAAGCUCCAAGGAGAAGAGGAAGCAAGCAGAUGGAAUGGAAGCAGCUCCCCAAGAUCUUAAACUCACAGCAUCCCAAACGAAAGGUGUGGAACCAAACCAAACAGCACAGAGUGUCACAGUAACGCUGCAGUCUGGAGAAGCUGUGGACAAGUCCACGGUUUGUAAGAGGCCGGCCACCUGCACGGAGGAGUCAAAGAGCGAAGGCCAGACUAAGCUGUCUCAGAAGUCAGAGACUCAUUCUGCUUCGGUUGUAGCAUUACCUGCUGAACGAGAGGACCUGUGUGAAGACAUGUCCACUCACUCAGACAAUCACUCAGCCAUAUCCAGCCUGUCCUCUGACCUGUCACCAGUCCAGUCCUCUGUGAUACGUCCAUCGGAUGCAUCCCCUGCCAGCUGCAGCUCUCCUCCCAAAUUUCCAGCCGCGUUGGACAGGCAGCCCGCUCAGAGGCCCUCCUCCAGCAACACGGGACCAGCAGAACCGCAGCACUGUCCAGAUACAGCCAAACCACUCAUCCUCACCCACCUGGUGGAGGGCUUCAUCAUUCAGGAAGGACUGGAGCCAUUCCCGGUCAGCCGGUCAUCGCUCAUGGUGGGCCCACACUGUGGCUCGGGAGUGAAUGGAGUGAGUGGGCCAGACUUAUUUCCCGCCGCCUCAGAACCCCCAGACGACUCCACUGACUCGGAUGAUGAGAGCAGGGUUACAAACAAUGGUGUAGGAGGGGGACACAGGCUGGUGCUGCAGUGCCAGUUCUGUAAGAGGAAAGGCACUGCCCAAACAUUCCCCCGCUCCAAACGCUUCUGCUCCAAGUCCUGCGCCAAGAGGUUCAGUUACACCAAGCGCUUCCGUGCACUGAGACGCUGUGUGAGCGAAGGGGGGCAUCAGUCCGAGUUCAACGGAGCAGAGGACGAGAUUGAGGUGGAAAGCUUUCAACAGGUGAAACAUGGUGCCACGGAGCAGUGGAGGAUCCUUCAGCGCCCCCCGCUGGAGGGAGAGGAUGGAGCAGCUGCUCCUAUGAAGACCAGGCUACGCAGGCACACGGAGCACGGCACACGCGAACGAGAGACCAGACCCAGAGAGACCGUCGGAGAGACAAGGAGCGCUCCCACCUCCCCAUUAGACCCAGUGUCCCCCGCUGACCUCUCCUCACGACCCAAACCUUCACAGUGGACAGUAGACCAAGUCUGGAGCUUUAUAUCCAAUUUACCAGGGUGUCAGGACAUUGCCGAAUCCUUUCGGGCGCAGGAGAUUGACGGACAGGCCUUGCUACUGCUCACCGAAGACCACCUAAUGAGUGCCAUGAAUGUCAAACUAGGGCCAGCGCUCAAAAUCUGCGCCCGAAUCAACUCGCUGAAGGAGGGAGGGAGGUAAAGAGACGAAGACACAGAAAAGGAACGAGAGACCCAAAAGGAGAGGUUUGCCCUUUGCGGACGAUCAGAGCACUUGCCAAUAGAAUAGAGCCAUUUUGUGCACUUUAAUCUUAAGAGAUUUACGCGAUAAAGUCAACGUGUUGAGAUAACUUGUGUGUAUUUGCUUGAACUGAGCUAGCAUAACAUUACAGUAGCCUACCAGUAACCUUAGCCUCUGUCUGAAAGCAUGAUAGCAAUAUGAUGGUCUCUUUCUGUGAGCAUAAUACAAGAUCUAUACACAGUCAUAGUAGGAGGGAAAUGUUCGUGUCUGCUUUUUGUAUGGGUUUUUCUCAUAAUCAGGGUCGUCGAGUUUAUAUUUUUCACUGCGAGGAAAGGAUCACUUCCCGUGUCUGUGGAGAAGCUAGAAAAGAACGGAAGUGCUAUUAUCGUGAGCAUGUCCCAUUGUAGAUAUUUUCUUAUUGUACUGUAUAUGUGUACAUGUAUAACAAUGCAGUGCUCUGUGUGUAUAAAUCUAUACAAAUGUUUUGUGAAGGAUUUGUAAUAUUUAAUAUAUUUGUCUUCUAAGGCUCUAGCAAAUACAAAUGCAAGUGAUUUCAAAUUUUUAAGCAUUUUUAAAUGACGUUUGACAUGCUGACAGGAUUACAUAGGCUAAAAGAAAUUUUAUGAAUCUCCUCGCUCCAGCAGAACUGUGAAAACCGUCGCAGCGCAGAGAACAACGUGUAGGUACCUAAACGCAGUCUCACCCAAUCGAGGUACAGCAAAGGUGCCUUUUUCUGACAUGGAGACCUUAUGAAACUGCUGUAGGCAUUGUACUAUAUAAGUAUCAUCAAAGUGUUGUUUGUCAUUGUUACAUUACCUUUCUCGUGCCAUUUUUGAUUAUUUAAUUAAACAAACUACAUUUUGUUACUGAAACUUGA